UCAAAAUUCGUUUGUUGUUGUUCUUUAAACGUUGUUUACUUUUCCAAAAUUUUUUUUGUAAAGCCUGAAUCUUAAUUCCCAUUCAAAUUGGCUUUAUAUUUUUCUAUUGUGUUGUGCAACGGUCACUCUAAAGUGCAGACGAUAGUCGAUACCGAUCUCUUAGCAUCUCUAGUGGCCGUUUUUAAACCGAAAAAAAAGUUCCUUUUUCCUUGUGACUUCAUCGAGAGCAGCAGCUGUUCGUAGCCAAGAACUAACGGGUCAAGUGAGAUUAAGUGAGGUGGCCAAGACCUGAGUCCAGUGAAUUCUUCUGUCAGAUUUUGUGAAUUGUGUGUGAAAGGGAAGAUGAAUAUUCCUAUCUACCAGGUGCCACCAAUGGCCACGCAGUCGAUGCGCCAGCAGUCGCUGUAUCAGCAAACCUACUUGGACCGCAAUCGCAUGAUCACGGAUGUCUUUGUCCAGGAGCAUGUCUCGCAGACCACCUGGGCUUGGGCCCCGCCACCACCACCACCCCCACCGACGGCUCUGUUAUUUCCCGGCGGCAUGACCCAUCAGCCGGCACCGGCACCGGCUGCAGCCCCAAUCGCAGCCCACUUGGGUCACAUGGCCUAUGUGCCCAUGCCGAAUGUCCAGUACUAUGCAGCCAGUUCAGCCUCGAUGAACGCCUAUGGCCAAGGUCAGGUGUAUUCGGCCCGUGCCUCGACGAGCACUGCCGGCUACUAUGCCCCACCCUAUUAUAAUGGUGGCAGCAGCAGCAAUGGUAUCGGAGGAGCUGCUGUUCUCCUGCCCAACAAGCCGGCGACUUCAUCCAGUGCCACCCAAUCCCAGGCUCAGACGCCCUCGCCAACCAAGCGCACCUGUGAUGUAGCCACUCAGGCGGACUUGCUGCCCGAUGAAGGGAGUGAGAUGGAAACGCUGCCAGCUUCCGAUGAAGAAAAGAAUCUCGACUCUAGUGACAGUUCCUUCGAUAACUGCGGUGCCGGCGACGGAUUUCGUGUCCACUCCAGCACCAAACGCAACUCCGAGGUGAUGCUGCAUCAGCAGCUUCUCCACGACAUCACUACGAUCUCGCUGCAGGGUUGCGAAAUUGCCGAACGUGUGGCCAGUGUCCAUCGCAACCGUCCGUGCUUCAAGAAGAUCGACACGCUGUGCGGCCGCUUGAAGCAGGAUCUUCUGCGUCCGGAUGGCGUCCUGGCAAACAUCAAUUCCCAGGGCAUUGCCUGGGCUGUCAAGGAUUUCAUAUUUGUCUUUACGCGCAUUGUGAAUGCUUGGGUCAUCAUGAAGGGCUAUGUUUAUAACACGCCCGAUGGCUUGAACAAGAUCAAGGAUGAGCUGCCAAGUGGAUUUAUGGCCACCUUUGAUUCCUGGCAAAAUGAAACACUGGCCCUGGUGGAGAUGAUCAUAAAAUCGUUUGUGAACCUGGAUGACCUGCUCCUGAAGCAGAAGAAUUCCUUUGUGAGCAAGGAUCUCAGCCUGAAUAAUGCCAGCUCCAUCUGGAGCUUCAACGAUAGCAACGAGAGCACCGCGUCGUGCAAGAAAAACAAUUGUAUUAUUGCUGGACAAGGACUAGGUCCAGCGGCCAGCAGCUCACCGAUUCUACCCAUUGGGGGAGCAGGAGGAGGAGCAGGUUUUAAAACUUUUCCCGAAAGCGAGGAGCAGCGUGUGGCCUCCACAAAGUCCUCUGCUCUCUACAAGCCCAAGUCCGGUGUGAGUCUCAACUAUCUGUAUACCAUGAUCGAGGAUUCCGAGGAGACGCAGCGCAAUGUGGACGCCAAUGGCACUUAUCUGAAAACUGGCACCUAUCAGCCGCUGCAAAAAGAGAUGUUGAAGCAAAUUGAGAUGCCGCAGGCUAGACAUCAGCACCGAGAGCAACCCAUCGAGACACAGUGGCCUUGGCAGGGUGCUCCAUCAGCCACGCCAGCAGCAGCGCAGGGGAUUCGCCAGGGAACUUGCCGCAAACAUUUGGAUCGUCAUACCGAUGCCAGGGGCUGCAUUAAUCCCUUUAGCCUGAUCAAGCGGGAUGUCACACGGCAGCUGUACGAGCUUAGUACUGGCAUCAUGGAGCUCCAGAACUUGGAUCACUUUUUUCAAAAGCAGUUUACCCGUAACUAUUACCCGGAAUUCUUCCAUCGCUGCCAGGACGACUUCAUUGAUAUUCGCGCCAUUGUCCUACAGUGCGAGAGUGCCUCCUAUAACCAUCUAUAUCAUGCCAUUCACGAUCUGCGUCGCAUCAACUUUGUGGUGCGAUGCUACCUGCAGAUCAAGGAGCCAGCCAAGUCAAGGUAUCAGUAUGAGUGGGCCAUUUAAAUGGACUAAUGCACUAAUCACUGGUCACCAUUUGGGCACUAAUCUCAUAUAUUAACACCCAGAGCUUACAAAAGAACUCUUAUUUGUAAACUCCAUCAUUUCACCCAUUAACUAAGCAUAACUCUCCCUACAUUUCCACCCAAAACUAACA